AUGCCUCGAGCAACGUCAGACCGCUUUAGCAGGGCACAUUUACCUUCCGCGAAGUCAAAGUCCGCGGGAGAGUCGUCAGGGUCCUCAUCUGGCGUACACAACCCGAUCUUCAACACUGAGCGGUUCGGCCAACAUAUCCUUAAGAACCCGCAGACGGCCCAAACGAUUGUUGACACAGCGAGUCUGCGUCCGACAGACAAAGUGCUCGAGGUCGGCCCUGGUACGGGUAAUUUGACAGUCAAGAUCUUGGAGAAGGCGAAACAUGUAACGGCUGUGGAGAUGGACCCUCGGAUGGCAGCCGAGCUCACCAAACGAGUGCAGGGAAAACCCGAACAACGCAAGCUCGAGAUCAUCAUCGGCGACUUCGUCAAAGCCACGCUCCCCUACUUCGACGUCUGCAUCUCCAAUACGCCGUACCAGAUCUCCUCGCCGCUCGUCUUCCGCCUCCUCUCGCACCGCCCGCUCUUCCGCGUCGCGAUCCUCAUGUUCCAGCGCGAGUUCGCGAUGCGCCUCGUCGCGCGUCCCGGCACCGAGCUCUGGUCGCGCCUCUCCGCGAACGUCCAGCUCUACGCGAAGGUCGACCUCACGAUGCACGUCAGCAAGAACAACUUCCGCCCCCCGCCCAAGGUCGAGAGCAGCGUGAUCCGGCUCGUCCCACGGGACCCCCCGCCGCCCGUGGAGUUUGGCGAGUUCGACGGGCUGGCGAGGAUCGUGUUCAGCAGGAGGAACAAGAUUAUACACGCGAAUUUCCUCGCGAAGGGCGUGAUGGAGAUGUUGGAGAGCAAUUGGAGGACGUGGGCGUCGAUGAACAAUGUGAUGGUCGAGGACAACGUCGAUAUGAAAAAGAAGGUACAGGAAGUCUUGCAGGAGACUGGCUAUGCAGAGAGCCGAGCAGCGAAGAUGGAUAUUGACGAUCUGCUGAAACUGCUAUCGGCAUUCCACGAAGCUGGCAUACACUUCGCAUGA